AUGCCCCCAAACCAGGAUCCCUCGAGCCAAUCAGAGGAAUCCACCAAGCCGAGUUCCGCCAAGGUAGACUCCAGAGGCGGUCAACUCUCCCAAGACGAAGAUGGCUUUAUCGAUAUCCAGCCCGAGGACGUGGAAAUGCAAGACAGCGAUUCGGAUGCCGCUGCCCCACCUCCGAAACCCUCGUCUGACUCUUUAGAGCUACAGCGUAUUAGUCAUUCCGACAAAGCUGAAGAGGUACCCGAGGAAGAAGACGAUUCCGAGGACGACCGUGAUUUCAUGGCCAGCCAUCCCUUGUUGAACAUGCUAACUGGGCGGCUGGGGGCACGCAGACGGGGCUCGUCGCACAAAUGGGACCGCCUUCAUCCUGAAAACCAAGCACUAUCUGUAUCUGAUGUGGAUCAGUGCACUUCACUUGAAGAGGCUGCUUUCCCGCCAGAAGAGAGGGCAAGCCGGGAAAAGUUCCAGUACCGUUUGACCCGAUGUCCGGAGUUGAGUUUGGGGCUCUUCACCCAGCCGACAAAAGCAGAGUUGAAAGAUUCAUCAACACCGUCUCAGCGACGGCUAAUAGCGCAUAUCGUCUCGACCAGAACUCCUGCGCCCUGUGUCACUGAGGCUUCGAUGGGCGUUCCCUCAAAUUGGAGGACGAGAAGGUCUUCACUGCCAUCCAGCGAUGACAAGGAGCCUUUGGGCCACCAGGACAUGGGAGGGACUAUCUGUGUUCAUUCUUUGGCGGUGGCACCCGAGUUUCAGAGAAUGGGAUUGGGUUCCAUCUUGAUGAAGUCCUACAUCCAACGUAUGAAAGAUUCCAAGAUCGCUGACCGGAUAUCUCUACUUGCCCAUGAUCAUCUUGUCCCAUUCUACACUGGGCUUGGAUUUGAAAACAUGGGACCAAGCGCGGUGACAUCCCACGGCGGAAACUGGAAUAAUAUGAUAAUCGAGUUUAAUCAUGAGGAUGAUGACUAG